AUGCGCGCUCAAGAAAGGUGCGCAGGCUCGUCGGAGCCCACGCAUGGCUGCGUGGCUGCGUGGCUGCGUGGCACCCGCGGGCGCCCUGCUGCCGCCUACGACUGGCUACGGGUUGCCUACGUUGACCUUGCCGAGCAUGACGACGACGAUGGUGACGAUGAUGAUUCGGACGAUGACGAUGCGGACGAUGAUGAUGCGGACGAUGAUGAUGCGGACGAUGAUGAUGCGGACGAUGAUGAUGAUGCUGCAGACGAUGAUGCUGCCGCUGCUGCCGCUCCUGUUGAUGGUGACGAUUCUGGCAGCAUGAGUACCUAUGAGAGCCCGCCCUCCAGCCCGUGGAGCGGUUGCCAGCGGACGAAGCGGCAACAGCGUGGUAGGAGCUGCAAUACUAGCGCACAGCACGCUAGACAACGCCCGUGA